GCGGCGCCGGCUGCCGGAGCGGGGCGCAGCCAUGGCGGGCGCCUUGAGGAAGACCACCGGCCUGGUAGGAUUAGGUGCAACUGAAAAUCCUCACGAGCGCCUGCGAAUACUGUAUACAAAAAUUCUCACUGUUCUGCAAAGCAUUCCCAAAGAUGCAGCAUAUAGGAAAUACACCGAGCAGAUUGUAAAUCAGCGAAUUAAUUUGGUGCAAACAGAAAAAGAUGUGCAAAAGCUGCAAGACAAGCUGAAUAGUGGUCACAUAGAAGAAGUCAUUUUACAGGCUGAAAGUGAGCUUUCUCUGGCAAGAAAAAUGACCCAGUGGAAACCAUGGGAGCCUCUAGUUGACGAACCUCCUUCUGACCAGUGGAGAUGGCCAAUAUAAUACUCGAAGCGGUAUAACUUGAAAUUAAAAAAAAUGUUAAAUAUUGAUAUAAUGCUACUGACAAUUAUCUUUAAAUUAAAUAACUUAAUAAAAACAUGUUUUGUCUUCAUGUCCACUUAUUUAGCCAUCCUGAGACUCUUCCAGUGUCUUGCAAAAGUAGUUUAAGAACAUUCUUUUCAGCUCUUCUGUAACCUUUGACUUGUUUCCUUUUGUCAUGUCCUGAUUAACGGGGUUUUGCUGCCUCAUUCUUUCUGAACCACUCUUCUUGUCUCUGUAACAAACAGAAAUGGUUUUACAAAGAAUUUUUAGAAUCACUGUACAGUGAUUCACUGUACAUUGUUACAUGACUAUAGUGUCAUUGAGCAUUUUAAGAAAUGGCAAGUAUUGCAGUUGAAAGUUAUUCUUACCUGUAUUGCAUGUUAACAAGCACAUGUGAUGGACUAUUGGAAAUUGAAAUCAAAGUUGUAGAAAGAUGUGAUUCUGCCCUUUCCUCGCAUCUUUCUUUGUGUAUUUUUGUCAACUUUAUAGUGCUAAUACAGUAUAUCUGUGACCGUGCAACCCCUAGAAUUGUCGUACUGAUAUGAACCUUACCAAAAACAACAAUAUUUCUAGUUUGAUCUGGUUGACUUCACUGGUUGUGUGAACACUAAUUUUAGCAGAGGAAAAGGAGCAGGGAAGACUCAAGGUGAGAGCAGGAUGGACUAACCCUUUAGUUGUCAGCAAGGAUAGACCAGGAAGUAGGUUACCUCAUUUAGUGUAAUAACAAGCUUAAGUGGCUUUUAUAUGUAGAGAAUUUGAUUUUUGUAAAGGAUUUCUAUAUAAAGGUCUGUUUUCAUGGAUUUAUUUGAGUAUCACAGAUCUUGAAUUAGAAUAUUACCUCCUAAUAAGGAGGUACAAAAA